GCUGCCCGCCCGAGAGGCCGGAGGGGCGGGGCCGGGAGCGGAGGGCCGCUCCUGCAGGCGCCCACACCCGGAAGCACAGUCGCGCCAGCGCUCACAGCGGGGGAAGGCGUCGCCGCCGCCACUGCCGCCACCACCUCAGUCAUGCCGAAGCACGAGUUCUCCGUGGACAUGACCUGCGAAGGCUGCUCUAAUGCAGUCACUCGGGUCCUCAACAAGCUGGGAGGAGUUCAGUUUGACAUUGACCUGCCCAACAAGAAGGUCUGCGUCGACUCCAAGCACAGCGUGGACACUCUGCUGGAGACCCUAGGGAAAACAGGAAAGGCUGUUUCCUACCUCGGCCCCAAGUAGUGAAGGCCCAGGCCCCUGGCUUGCAGGAUGGACCAAAGUGGCAGGUCCCUGGUGUGAGCAGCCUGGAGCCAACCCUGGGUCUCACUGUUCCUGGGACUGCUGGGGUGAACCUCCCACCACCUUUGCGUCUGUUGACCUCCCCACCCCAUGGCCAAAGCCUUACCUUGUCCGGUGCUGACAUCCCCACAGCUGGAGAGAAGCCACACUGGCCCCCAGGGAGCUGGAGGCAGAGCCCGACGACUGGACUUGGGAGAGGGUCCAUCACUGUGACUGUGUGGACCGUGAAGGGAGCCCCUCCACUCUGAGUGAGCUUGAGCAAGUCACCUCCUGUCUCUGCCUCCUGUUAAAUACAAGUUUUUGAUUUUUGAGUGUUUUUUUUAAACAGCUUUAUUGAGGUAUAAUUUCAUUCAAUAAAUGGCACACAAUGUAA